CACCUCGACACUUCCUCAAAGCACACUCGCUUCAUCUUCCUCACCACCUCCUCGUCCCAGUCUGCCGUCAAAAACAUGGGCAAAUCAUCCAAGGACCAUAGAGACGUCUACUACCGUCUCUCCAAGAUCGACGGCUAUCGCGCUCGCUCCGCCUACAAGCUGCUGCACCUGGACGAGCAGUUCGGGUUCUUCCAGGAGGAAGAGCGGUACACGCUGCGCAGGAAAGUCGAGGGUGAGCUGGCCGAGCUCAAGAGACUUCUGGCAUCGGGCAAUUCCAUCGAUGAGGAGGACGCAGAAGAGCUGCAGGAGGCUGUUGAGGAGCUGGAGACUGUGUUGCGGUGGAGUGAGCAAAGAAGGGUAGAGGAAGGAGGGGCGGCGUCAUCAUCAUCCUCGGCAUCAUCUUCUUCUCGAACACCUCGCCCUACGAGGGCAGUAGAUCUUUGCGCUGCUCCAGGCUCCUGGUCGCAAGUUCUUGUACAAAGGCUGCCCUCUCGAUCUCGUAUCGUCGCUGUCGAUCUGCAGCCCAUGGCUCCCAUCCCGGGUGUGAAGCAGGUGCUAGGCGAUAUCACUACACAGGAGACAGCAGAUGCCGUGGCAUCUGCCCUGGCUGGAGGUGCGGAAGACGAUACGAGUAGGAAGGAGAAGGCACAAUUGAUCGUCUGCGAUGGAGCGCCUGAUGUGACGGGCAUUCACGACGUGGACGAGUACUUGCAGGCUCAGCUGCUCCUCUCGGCAUUGCAGAUCACUCUCAGGCUGCUGGAGGAAGGGGGGACCUUCAUUGCCAAAAUCUUCUGCGAGAAGCCGCCAUCUUCGGGUACGUCAAAGGUCAAGAGAGACACUUCUGCUCUGCUGGUGGAGCAGAUGAAGACAAUGUUUGAGUUUGUGGACGUAGCCAAGCCUAGGAGCAGUCGGAUAGCUAGUCACGAACACUUCAUUGUCUGUCGCAACUUUCAGCCUCCGGCUUUCCUUGUCACCCCGGACGCACUCUCAACGCCGCUUCAUGACCUCUCCGCUUCUCUCCUCCCGCAGUUGCGGUCGACAAAGGUGCCGAGCAGCAGCAGCAAGCUUGAGAUCAAGGAAAGGGCAAAGGUCGCCGGGCUUAUUGCAGGGGGCGACCUCAGUGCUUGGGACCGGUAGAGUCUUGUAAGAAAUUAUGGCUGUGCGGUGGAACGAAAUGCAUAUCCCAGUCUCGUCUCUCACGCAAUCUUGUACACUCAGCAGUCAUCUGGAUAACCAAUGUACGCGAGGCACUCGCCUAAC